AUGCAAAGACGUGUAGCUCGUGAGAACAAAGGAAAAAGACCAGGAGGUGACUGUGAGCCUCCAAAAACACCCCCAUCUCCUUCUUCUCCUUCUUCCCCAUCUUCUCCCUCUUCUACUCAUUCUGAGUCUUCUUCUCUUUUCAAGAGUUCACAUAAGCCUAAGAUUAAAUUGGAUGUAAAAUUUGAUCUACCAAAGUAUUGUGGGGAAUUAAAUGCUGAGAAAUUAGAUGAUUGGAUUCAACAAGUUGAAGUCUAUUGUAGAGUCCAAAACCUCUUAGAUGAUGCCAAUAGGAUCCAAUUAGCUACUCUUCGGUUAGGAGGUACAACUCUAACUUGGUGGGAGAGUAGAAUUCGGGAUGGGUCUUCACAACAUGGUAAAAUCAAUUUAACUUGGCCAGACUUUGUUAAUGCUCUCAAGAAGCAAUUAUAUCCCCUAGACCAUAUGCAACAGCUAAUGAUGAGCUGGCAACUUUUUAGGCAAGGGAAAGGUCAGUCUGUCCAAGAUUACACCCAUGAAUUCAGAAAGAAGGCUAUUGCAUUAAAUGUUCCAUUUAACUUAGAUGAAGUCUGUGUUCAAGCCACGCACCUAGAGUCAAGAGGUAAGGGUUCUUUUAUUGAUAAGUCUGAUAAGAAGCCAUCUAAGUCUGAGAACAAAUCCCAAAACAAAGGGAAGGGGAAAAAGAUAGCUACAGUGAAGAAAGAGGGUGAAAAACCCACAUGCUCACAUUGCAAGAAAGAAGGGCAUGAUGAUUCUUGGUGCUGGAAGCUGCACCCUGAAAAGAGGCCAAAGAGAUAUGGUGGAAACAAAGACAAACAAAAGACUGCUACUAUAAUUCAACAGGAUCUUGGAUCUAACUCUAGAGAUGAGACAAAGAUCGUUGUUGCCGGAAUCCAAGGUAAAGAAAAAUUUAGAUCUCUCUCAUCAACUACAAGUUCUUCUAAUAUAAGUGCAAGUACAAGUAAAGAUUCUACUCCUAAGAAUGAUAAGCAAAGGAAUGAAUUAUUUCAUAUUCGGGUUGUUAUCAAACAUACUAAAGUUGAUAUAUUAUUUGAUACGGGUUCUCAAGUUAACUUGAUAUCUGAAGAAAUUGUUAAAAAGCUUAACUUGACUACAAUACCUCAUCUGAAACCAUACCCUAUGGGAUGGGUUUGCAAUGAUGCACAAUUGCAAGUAACUAAACAAUGUAAGAUAAGAUUUGCUAUCAUUGCAAACUUUGUAGAUGAGGUAGAAGCUGAUGUAGUCCCUUUAGAUAUUUGUGGUCUUGUACUUGGGAGUCCAUAUUUGUAUGAUCGACAGGCUAUCUUCUAUAGAGGGGAGAACAAAUACCAUCUUUUUAAAGAUAAGGUUAAAUACAUUGUACGGGCACAUAAGGUAAAGAGUAAUCUUGCACUAGUUAAUGCUGGUCAAAUGAAAAGGUUAGUCAACUCUAGUAAGAACUUUGUAUUAAUGCUUGUAAAAGCCAAAGAGGAAGAAACAUUUGAGGCAUUUAAAGGAUGUGAUCCUAAGCAUAAGGCUGAAAUGGUCAAAGUUGUUUCCGCUUACGAUGACUUGUUUCAGGAACUAAAAGGAUUGCCUCCUAAGAGAGAGAUACAACAUGAGAUCCAGUUGCAGCAGGAUGUGCCACUUCCAAACAUUGGCAUGUACCGGUUAUCAGUCUUGCAAAAUGAAGAGAUCAAAAAGCAGGUUCAAGUGCUGGUUGAGAGAGGAGUUAUUCAUCCUAGUACAUCUCCUUGCGGUUCUCCUAUUGUGUUGGUUCCAAAGAAAGAUGGGACUUGGAGAAUGUGCAUCGACUACAGGGCUCUGAACAAGAUAACGGUAAAGAACAGGUACCAUCUUCCUAGAAUUGAUGAUUUACUUGAUUAG